AUAGUUCCCUAACGCUGGAAAGGCUCAUGUAUAUAAAGCUUCUGUUAGUACUAUGGUAGGAGGAACUAUGAAAGAGGUUGAAUCGUUCAGAGGAAUGUCUGAACGCCACUAUGAAAGGAUCACCGGUCCGCCCAUCUUGAAAAGAGCAUGCCUGCAACUUGACCUCAUUCUACCACCGGUCUUUUUCGAUAAUACGUCUGGAUAGCCUUUCAUAGGGCCACGUCUUGCGAAGGAGGGCCUAGCUACGCAAUAUCCCUCUAUCUAAAGGCUGUUCCCAACUGUUUCAGCUCAGUGGCCGGGUUGUAUGACCAUUCAACACAAUGAAGAAUGACGUGUAAUGCGCAAGGUCGACGUCGAACUUCGACGUGUAGCAUCAUUGAUUUAUUGAUAUCUUCCUUAGCCAUUGUCGUGAACCCAUUAUGCACCUUUAUGCCCCCCAUUGUUAUGAAGGUGUCUCAUAGUCAUCCUUCUCCAUUGGGUCGCUUCUUUGGUCACGGACGUUAGCGGCACAUGCGGUUUCAUCCCUUGUGGCACUAAAUCUUUUCUUCCAACAGUCCUGUAGAUAUAGGCGGUUGCCUCACCCCUUGCAUGCUGAACUAUUAGUUGUGUCGCAAAGGGUGCGUCUUGUAACUCUUGAAUCUGUCAUCAGCCCCAUAACAGUCCUCAGGCCUAAGCCAGCCUGUCUACGCAUAUCUCAUCUCUAGUACACUCAAGCUCGACGAUUGACCUAGGCGAUCCGGCAAUAAUACAAGGUUCCUAGGACUUCCAACCCUCCUAUUCACCUUCCUCCAAGUGUACUUAUAUAGCCAAACUGCCCACUCUCGGCCUCUCGAUUUACUUGCAAAACGUGUCCACACAGUGUAUGUUACUUCUAUGUAGGCUUACGUUGCUACACAUCUGACUUCAAUUCAACAGAAUGCAUCUCAGCGCGUAUCAACCUAGCCCACUCCAACUCCUCAAGAAGGAGCAGGCUGGCCAGCUCGGCGUGGCUCUUCCCUACCGACUCUGGGACUCUGAGGAGUUACUCAAGGCUCACCUCCAGAGCCUCCCAUCAACCUCAUCGCAACGUCCUAUCGACUGGUCUGCUUCCUGUAUGCGAGCACAGGAGUGGAAGCAGCUCGUUCAUGUCCUCGAACGGAGGAAACUAUCUAUCGCUCCGCAAGAAGACUCCGAACUCGAGAAAGACCUUGCUGUCCUACGUUUCAGUUUGAAGGUUCUCUCUUGGGCGUUGUUUCCCAUCAACCACCUUCCGGUCGAGAUCCUGAAUCUCAUUUUUCGAUUUGUCAUUCAGGACUCUGUUAGGCCUCAGACAUACAACUACCAUCGCAUGCUCUUGACUUGGGUCUGUCACCAUUGGCGAGAAGUGGCACUCAACAACAAGAUCCUCUGGAGUAGCAUUUGGUUCCAAGACCUUCCUCCGUACGAAUGCUCGUUAACGUUUCUAGAGCGUGCCGGGGAUGCUCCCCUUGAUAUCCGGAUUGGAGAUAGGGAGAGGCAUCCAUAUGAUGUGCAAGACCCAACAAAGCUCACGACGGAACAGGCGACCCUUGUACUGGACGCUAUGAUGAAGAAGCUUAGAACACUACGAAGCUUUGUAGGCGUCAUAUAUCGUUGGGACGUUGCCAUCUUGGUAGUCCGCAAGUUCCAUGAAGCAGGAGUUGUCCCGGUGUCCUUAGAACAUUUCGAGCUUCACCGCACUGGCGUACUUCAUGAAGGAUGGCAGCCACAUGAGAUCCAGAAUCCCUUCAGACUCAUCAAUGAAGUGGCCCCGAGGCUGACGUCCCUUACAAUCGAUGGUUUAGUCCCUGACUUGACUCGUUUACCAAUGACAAAUCUGACUUCUCUCGAUCUUCGACGAACCAACCUCUUCAUUGGACCAUCAGUCGUACAAUUCAAGCACAUGAUCCAGGGCAGUCCUAAUCUGUACAAGCUUUCUUUGGUGGCUGCAGGUCCUCAUCAAGACGGUAAUGGAGGCUCUCAUGAUCCUAUUCGUAUCAAUUCAUUACGCGAACUGGUUAUUGGAGAUUUUAUCGACGUGGACUAUGCCCUGUUCUUAGUAUCGCUCAUCGAUGCUCCGAAUGUCAUGUCUUUGGACCUCCACAACUUAUUCGGUGGUGACUGCACACCUCUACUUCGGCUUCUUACUAGACGCUUCCUGAAAAUAAGACUGUUAUCCCUGUAUAUGAUCAGGAUUGAGGAAGUCGAAGGGAGGAGAACACUCGCAAUCAUAAUCAAAUUCUUUCAACAUAUGCCAGAACUCGAACUUCUGAAAAUCGGACAUGUUCCUGUCUUGUUUCUCUUUGCUCUCUCUGCGGAUCCCCGAGACCUAGGACAACCGAACCCAGAGGACGAUAAUGCGAUGGCCGAGAGAGACGGAAUCUAUACCAUCCCAAACGCCGACCUAUCUCAUUUCCCAGUAGUAUGUCCCAAGCUACGGUAUCUCCACUUCCAGUCGGUCGAUUCAACUCUUAUCAAGACGCUGCUCUCAGAAAGGUCUUCAGCUGGACUCCGAUUCUCUAAAGUAUACACGCCAGUCAUACAUUCGAUACCCCUCCCAUCUGACCUGAUCGAGAUUGAGACCUUGGCUGACCAUUUGUUUAUUCUUCAAGUUUAUGGGUAUCGUGUACCGGAGGAGAUGACGAUCCUUGAAGAGAUUUCCAGUCAUUUACCAACUUCUGUCCGUCCGCUGGUGUGUAGAGAUACGCCUGGAUUCACGCCCAUUUGGGGGUUGUAGAAGAAUUGGUCAAUGUAUACUAUUUUGAUGAAGUUGUAUGGUCCCAUCGAAGAGGGGUGGUCCACUUUUGAGAAUUGUCAUUCAAUUCAAGGUAUUCAAUUCAGAACAAGAUCGUUCCCGCGAUCCACGUGGCACGU